GGGAGGGGGGGGGGAAAAGCCGAGCAUGGCGGCUCAUAAGCCGGUGGAAUGGGUUCAAGCCGUCAUAACGCGUUUUGAUGAGCAGCUUCCAAUUAAAGGUGGGCAGCAGAACACCCAUUCCAAAGUUAGUACAGAACACAACAAGGAAUGUCUCAUCAAUAUUUCCAAGUACAAGUUUUCCUUGGUCAUAAGUGGUCUUACCACGAUCUUGAAAAAUGUAAAUAACAUGCGAAUAUUUGGAGCAGAAGCUGAGAGGAACUUGUAUCUUUCGCAGCUGAUAAUAUUAGAUACAUUGGAGAAGUGUCUUGCAGGGCAGCCUAAGGAUACAAUGCGGCUCGAUGAGACCAUGCUUGUAAAACAGCUAUUGCCGGAAAUUUGCCAAUUCAUCCACAUGUCCCGUGAAGGAAACCAGCUCAUAGCACAACUCCGCAACUCUGCUUCUGGGGUUCUCUUCUCCUUGAGUUGUAAUAACUUUAAUGCUGUCUUCAGCCGUAUCUCCACCAGGUUACAAGAGCUGGCAGUGUGCUCAGAAGAUAGUACUGACGUCAAUGACAUUGAAUUGAUACAGCACAUAAAUGUGGAUUGUGCAAGACUCAAACGAUUGCUGCAAGAGACGGUCUUUAAAUUCAAAUCAUUGAAAAAGGCAGCUCAGUUGGCAGUCAUCAGCAGUCUUGAAAAGGCAUUUUGGAAUUGGGUGGAAAAUUAUCCUGAUGAGUUCACCAUAUUAUACCAGCGACCCCAGCCUGAUCUGGCAGAUUGUUCAGAGAAGUUGUUUGACCUUGUGGAUAGUUUUGCCGAAAGUGCCAAACGAAAAGCUGCUGUAUGGCCUUUGCAGAUCAUCCUCCUCAUCCUCUCACCUGAUGUGCUGCAGGACAUCUCCAAGGAAUUGGUUGAAGAAAGCAAAAUGAACAAGAAGUUAUUCCUGGACAACUUAAAGAAAGCUCUUGCUGGUCAUGGUGGUAGUCGACAACUAACUGAAAGUGCUGCUAUAGCCUGUGUUAAACUUUGCAAGGCCUCCACGUACAUCAGCUGGGAGGACAACUCUGUUAUCUGCUUUCAGGUUCAGUCCAUGGUUGUUGACCUUAAGAACCUGUUGUUCAAUCCUAGCAAGCCUUUCUCCAGAGGUGCUGGCAGCCAGAGUGCAGAUGUGGAUCUCAUGAUAGAUUGUUUUGUUUCCUGUUUUCGUAUCAACCCACAUAACAAUAGUCACUUCAAGGUCUGUUUGGCAUCAUCUUCUCCUCCAACCUUUCAUUAUGUGUUGGUUAAUUCAUUGCACAGAAUUAUUACCAAUUCUGCAGUGGAUUGGUGGCCCAAGAUUGAUGCCGUGUACUGUUACUCAGGAGAACUCAGAGGCAUGUUGGCAGAAACUCUGAGCAGGGUGAUGCAGAGCUGCAGCACGCAUGCUCCCUUGCGUAUGACAUCGAGUCUUACAUUCAAGGAAAAAAUGUCAAGCCUUAAAUUUAAAGAAAAACCAACUGACUCGGAAACCCGGAGUUAUAAGUUUUUACUGUUGGCCAUUGUGAAAUUAAUUCAUGGAGACCCAAAGCUUAUGUUACAUAAUCCAGGGAAGACUGGACAUGAAAUUCAGAACAGCACUGCUGAGUUGAUAACUGGUCUAGUUCAGCUGGUUCCACAGACGAGCAUGCCCGAGAUAGCACAGGAAGCCAUGGAGGCCUUGUUGGUUCUUCACCAACCAGAAAACAUAGGGUUAUGGAACCCAGAUGCACCAAUAGCAACGUUCUGGGAUAUAAGCUCUCAGGUUCUGUUCUUCAUCUGUAAGAAAUUGAUUGCUCAUCAGGUGCUGAACAGCACAGAAAUUCUCAAGUGGUUGCGGGAGAUUCUAAUUUGUCGGAAUAAGUUUCUAUUGAAGAAUAAGGAGAGUGCCACACUUGGCAGCGGGAUCCCUAUUUGUCGUCAAGCACAGACAAAACUGGAGGUGGCACUCUACAUGUUCCUCUGGAGUCCCGACAUAGAAGCAGUUCUUGUAUCCAUGUCAUGUUUUCGGCACCUUUGUGAAGAAGCUGAUAUUAGAUGUGGAGUUGAUGAUGUGCCUGUCCAGAACAUCCUCCCAAAUUAUAACACAUUCAUGGAGUUUGCAUCAGUCAGCAACAUGAUGUCUACAGGUCGGGCAGCCCUUCAAAAGAGGGUGAUGGCAUUGUUGAGGAGGAUAGAGCAUCCAACAGCAGGCAACACUGAGGCUUGGGAAGACACACAUGCAAAGUGGGAGCAUGCUACCAAGUUAAUUCUGAAUUAUCCUAAAACUAAGAUUGAGGAUGGACAGGUGACAGAAAGUCUUCAUAAGACUAUCGUUAAGCGCCGGAUGUCACAUGUAAGUGGGAGUGGCUCAAUAGACCUGUCGGACACUGAUUCGCUACAGGAGUGGAUUAACAUGACAGGCUUCUUGUGUGCAAUAGGAGGUGUCUGUCUCCAGCAUCGCACUAACUCAGGCUUAGUAACUUACAGCCCUCCCAUGGGACCAAUCACUGAAAGGAAGGGUUCCAUGAUAUCCAUGGUUUCAACUGAAGGAAAUGCAGAGACUCCAGUCAGCAAGUUUUUGGAACGACUGCUCUCGCUGAUGGUGUGCAAUCAUGAGAAAGUAGGGCUUCAGAUCAGGACUAAUAUUAAAGACCUGGUUGGACUGGAGCUUAGUCCUGUGCUUUACCCCAUGCUCUUCAACAAGCUGAAAAAUUGCAUCAGCAGGUUUUUUGACUUGCAAGGCCAGGUGUUAUUGAAUGAUACAAACACACCAUUUGUGGAACAGACUAUAGCAAUUAUGAAGAACCUACUCGACAAUCACACUGAUGGCAGUUCAGAGCACCUGGGACAGGCUAGCAUUGAGACGAUGAUGCUCAAUUUAGUCAGGUAUGUACGCGUUCUUGGGAAUACAGUCCAUGCAAUCCAGAUCAAAACCAAACUCUGUCAACUGGUGGAGGUCAUGAUGGAGAGGCGAGAUGAUCUCUCCUUCUGCCAAGAGAUGAAAUUUAGGAACAAGAUGGUGGAGUACUUGACAGAUUGGGUUAUGGGAACAUCAAACCAGGCUGCUGAUGAUGAUGUGAAAUGCUUAACAAGGGAUCUUGACCAAGCAAGUAUGGAGGCAGUGGUGUCGUUACUUGCAGGGUUACCUUUACAACCAGAAGAGGGAGAUGGCGUAGAACUAAUGGAGGCUAAAUCACAGCUCUUCCUCAAGUAUUUUACACUCUUCAUGAAUUUGCUCAACGACUGCAGCGAGGUCGAGGAGGAAACAGCACAAACAGGCGGACGAAAGAGAGGGAUGUCACGUCGCCUUGCAUCACUUAGGCAUUGCACGGUUCUUGCCAUGUCCAACCUUCUGAACGCCAAUGUAGAUAGUGGACUCAUGCACUCAAUAGGCUUGGGUUACCAUAAAGAUCUCCAGACGAGAGCCACGUUCAUGGAAGUGCUAACUAAAAUUCUUCAACAGGGAACAGAGUUUGAUACUCUAGCGGAAACUGUACUGGCUGAUCGAUUCGAAAGACUUGUGGAGUUGGUCACUAUGAUGGGAGAUCAGGGAGAACUGCCCAUUGCAAUGGCUCUAGCCAAUGUUGUGCCUUGUUCACAGUGGACUUCCAUUGGGCCUGUCUCAAAUCUCAACCAACAGGAUGAGCUUGCUCGAGUGCUGGUGACGCUAUUUGAUUCGCGUCAUCUUCUCUAUCAGUUGCUAUGGAACAUGUUCUCUAAGGAAGUUGAGCUAGCAGAUUCCAUGCAGACUCUCUUUCGAGGCAAUAGCCUUGCGAGUAAAAUAAUGACAUUCUGCUUUAAGGUCUAUGGUGCUACGUAUUUGCAGAAGCUGCUUGAGCCUUUGCUGAAAACUGUACUUAAAGAUCCUGAGAAACAGCACCUCAGCUUUGAAGUUGACCCUACCAGGUUAGAACCAACGGAAAGCCUGGAUGAAAAUCAACGGAAUCUACUGCAAAUGACACAGAGAUUUUUCCAUGCAAUUAUUAAUUCCUCAUCCGAGUUUCCCCCACAGCUGAGAAGUGUCUGCCAUUGCUUGUAUCAGGCUACUUGCCACUCUCUACUGACUAAAUCUACAGUAAAAGAAAAAAAGGAAACCAUGAAAAAAUCAGUUGUCAGCCAGCGUUUUCCACAGAACAGCAUAGGUGCGGUAGGAAGUGCUAUGUUCUUAAGAUUCAUCAAUCCUGCUAUCGUAUCUCCAUAUGAAGCAGGAAUUCUUGAUAAGAAGCCUCCACCAAGAAUUGAACGGGGAUUGAAGUUAAUGUCCAAGAUUCUACAAAGCAUUGCAAAUCACGUACUGUUUACAAAAGAAGAACAUAUGAGGCCUUUCAAUGAUUUCGUUAAAAACAACUUCGAUGCAGCCCGCAGGUUUUUUCUGGAUAUUGCAUCUGACUGCCCAGCCAGUGACACAGUCAAUCACAGUCUUUCGUUCAUCAGUGAUGGAAACGUUCUCGCUUUGCACAGGUUGCUGUGGAACAAUCAGGAGAAAAUAGGGCAGUAUCUUUCCAGUAACCGGGAUCACAAAGCAGUUGGGAGAAGACCGUUUGACAAGAUGGCUACCUUAUUAGCAUAUCUGGGCCCUCCUGAGCACAAACCUGUUGCUGACACUCACUGGUCCAGCCUGAACCUCACCAGCUCCAAGUUUGAGGAAUUCAUGACCAGGCAUCAAGUACAUGAAAAGGAAGAGUUCAAAGCUUUAAAAACACUUAGCAUCUUUUAUCAGGCUGGAACAUCAAAAACAGGAAAUCCUGUGUUCUAUUAUAUCGCCAGAAGGUUUAAGACUGGACAGAUAAAUGGUGAUUUGCUCAUCUAUCACGUGCUCCUAACUCUGAAGCCAUAUUAUGCCAAGCCAUACGAGAUUGUUGUGGACCUUACCCACGCAGGACCUAGCAAUCGCUUCAAAACGGACUUCCUCUCCAAAUGGUUCGUGGUUUUCCCUGGGGCUGCCUAUGAGAAUGUGGCUGCAGUCUACAUCUAUAACUGUAACUCUUGGGUGAGAGAAUACACAAAAUAUCAUGAGCGGCUUCUGACUGGACUUAAGGGGAGCAAAAAACUCAUCUUCAUCGAUUCACCUGGUAAGCUUGUGGAGCACAUUGAGCCAGACCAUCAGAAGCUUCCUGCUGCCACUCUAGCUCUGGAGGAGGAUCUCAAAGUUUUUCACAAUGCUCUAAAGUUGGCUCAUAAAGACACCAAGGUUUCCAUCAAGGUGGGGUCCACUGCAGUUCAGGUGACGUCAGCAGAGCGGACCCGGGUACUUGGCCAGUCAGUGUUUCUGAAUGAUAUUUACUAUGCUUCAGAAAUUGAGGAAAUUUGCCUGGUGGAUGAAAGCCAAUUUACAUUAACUAUUGCCAAUCAAGGCACACCGCUAACGUUCAUGCACCAAGAAUGCGAGGCAAUAGUGCAAUCUAUUAUCCAUAUAAGGACGCGUUGGGAAUUGUCACAGCCAGACUCCAUCCCGCAGCACACUAAAAUAAGACCAAAGGAUGUUCCAGGAACAUUGCUGAACAUAGCGCUUCUGAAUCUUGGGAGUUCAGAUCCAAGCUUACGAUCGGCUGCCUAUAAUCUCCUGUGUGCCUUAACAUGCACCUUCAAUCUGAAAAUUGAGGGUCAGUUGCUGGAGACAUCUGGACUCUGCAUUCCUGCAAACAACACCUUGUUUAUUGUCUCCAUCAGUAAAACAUUGGCAGCAAAUGAACCCCACCUGACACUGGAGUUUCUUGAAGAAUGCAUCUCGGGCUUCAGCAAAUCCAGUAUUGAGUUGAAGCAUCUUUGUCUGGAAUACAUGACACCCUGGUUGUUGAACCUAGUUCGCUUCUGUAAGCACAAUGAUGACGCCAAACGUCAACGGGUUACUGCCAUCCUGGAUAAGCUGAUCACAAUGACAAUUAAUGAGAAGCAAAUGUACCCUUCCAUACAGGCAAAAAUCUGGGGCAGCCUUGGUCAGAUCACAGACCUGCUUGAUGUUGUUCUUGAUAGUUUCAUAAAGACAAGUGCGACAGGUGGCUUGGGCUCUAUCAAAGCAGAGGUCAUGGCGGACACUGCAGUAGCCCUCGCAUCAGGAAAUGUGAAACUCGUUUCAAGCAAGGUGAUUGGAAGAAUGUGCAAAAUAAUUGAUAAGACCUGCCUAUCUCCAACUCCCACACUCGAACAGCACCUGAUGUGGGACGACAUUGCCAUCCUUGCUCGAUACAUGCUGAUGUUGUCUUUCAACAAUUCACUCGAUGUGGCUGCGCAUCUCCCUUACCUCUUCCACGUGGUUACUCUGUUGGUGGCCACAGGCCCUCUGUCCCUCAGGGCUUCCACCCACGGUUUGGUCAUCAACAUUAUUCACUCACUCUGCACUUGUUCCCAACUUAAUUUCAGUGAAGAGACUAAACAAGUCUUGAGGCUCAGCCUGACUGAGUUUUCAUUGCCCAAGUUCUACCUGCUCUUUGGAAUCAGCAAAGUCAAAUCAGCUGCUGUGAUUGCAUUCCGAUCCAGCUAUCGUGAUCGUUCCUUUUCGCCUGGAUCCUAUGAGAGAGAGACUUUUGCUCUUACCUCCCUAGAAACUGUAACUGAAGCCUUGUUGGAGAUAAUGGAGGCCUGUAUGAGGGAUAUACCUACCUGCAAGUGGCUGGACCAGUGGACAGAGUUAGCACAAAAAUUUGCAUUCCAGUAUAACCCAUCUCUUCAGCCGAGAGCUCUUGUUGUCUUUGGCUGUAUCAGUAAGCGAGUAACUCAUGGGCAGAUUAAGCAGAUCAUUCGCAUCCUAAGCAAGGGUCUGGAGAGUUGCCUGAAAGGUCCUGAUAACCACAACAGCCAAGUUUUGAUAGAAGCUACCGUCAUAGCAUUGACCAAGCUUCAGCCACUGCUCAAUAAGGACUCUAACAUGCACAAGGCCCUUUUUUGGGUGGCAGUAGCGGUGCUACAGCUAGAUGAAGUCAACCUGUACUCAGCCGGCACAGCAUUGCUGGAACAAAAUCUGCACACGUUGGAUAGUCUUAAAGUCUUCAAUGACAAGAGUCCAGAGGAGGUAUUUAUGGAGAUUAGAAGACCUUUGGAAUGGCAUUGCAAGCAGAUGGAUCAUUUUGUUGGGCUCAAUUUCAAUUCUAACUUCAAUUUUGCAUUGGUGGGACACCUGAUGAAAGGAUACAGACAUCCAUCUCCCACCACAGUGGCCAGAACAGUGAGAAUAUUACAUACCCUACUAGCCUUGGUUGGCAAGCACAGGAACUGCGACAAAUUUGAAGUUAACACACAAAGUGUGGCUUAUCUUGCUGCCUUACUGACUGUUUCAGAGGAGGUGAGGAGUCGGUGCAGCCUGAAACAUAGGAAGUCUCUCUUAAUGUCUGACGUCUCCAUGGAGAAUGUGCCAAUGGAUACAUAUGCCAUGCACCAUGGUGACCCAGGCUCCAGAGCUUUAAGAGAAAGUCAGCCAUGGGUUUCACCCAAGAUCUCAGACAGAUAUUUGGCCGCUAAUUACCCGACAAUGGGGCAGAUUAGCCCCAGGACACGCAAGUCCAUGAGUCUGGAUAUGGGGCAGCCUUCACAGGCCAACACCAAAAAACUACUAGGUACAAGGAAAAGUUUUGACCACUUAAUUUCAGACAGUAAAGCACCAAAGAGACAGGAGAUGGAGACAGGGAUUACUACUCCACCCAAGAUGAGGCGUGUGGCAGAGCAUGAUUUUGAAAUGGAAACGCAGCGGUUAUCCUCACAGCAGCACUCACACUUGAGGAAGGUCUCAGUGUCUGAGUCAAAUGUGCUUCUGGAUGAAGAAGUCCUCACUGACCCAAAGAUCCAGGCCCUGCUACUUACUGUCCUGGCCACAUUGGUGAAACACACUACAGAUGAGUUUGAUCAACGCAUCUUAUACGAGUACUUAGCUGAAGCCAGUGUCGUCUUCCCCAAAGUGUUUCCCAUUGUACACAAUUUACUGGACUCGAAGAUUAAUACCUUGCUGUCACUAUGCCAAGACCCCAAUCUGUUAAAUCCCAUCCACGGGAUUGUGCAGAGCGUAGUGUACCAUGAAGAAUCACCACCUCAGUAUCAGCCAGCAUAUUUACAAAGUUUUGGUUUCAAUGGACUUUGGAGAUUUUCAGGAUCUUUCUCCAAGCAAACCCAGAUCCCAGACUACGCUGAACUGAUUGUGAAGUUUCUGGAUGCAUUAAUUGACACGUAUUUGCCAGGAAUAGAUGAAGAAUCUACUGAGGAGUCUCUGCGUACACCAACCUCUCCCUACCCACCCCCUGUCCAAAGCCAGCUUAGCAUUACUGCCAACUUAAACCUCUCAAAUUCCAUGACCUCACUGGCGACCACCCAGCAUUCUCCUGGAAUUGAUAAAGAGAACGUGGAACUCUCGCCAACAUCGGGACACGCCAACAGCGGGCGAAUCCGUCAUGGGUCUGCAAGUCAAGUGCAGAAGCAACGCAGUGCCAGCAGCUUCAAGCGCCCCAGCAUUAAGAAGAUUGUGUGAAGUGUUUUGUGACUGACUCACCAGGCCUGGUCAGGCUUCGGCCAAGUGGGCCCUUCCCCUCCCCCAGAAAAAAGACAUUCUCUUCCUGUCACAUCAGACGUGCUCAGUCCAACUAACAGGCAAAGGUUGCUCUGCGACCACAUACUCACCUUUUUUCUCUUUCGCACCGCCAGUAUUUUCUGCAGUUUCUAUACAAAUGUUCUUGUUCACAGAACACAGUGUUGCAAAAAGAGAAUUCUUUUUAGUUCUGUCACCUUUACUUUAGUUGGGGGAGGGGGGAAAAAGGCACUGAAAUUCGUAUCAACACUGUAAUAGCUGUCAAAAUAUGGAAGCCAUUAAUUGCAGAAGGGAAGGUUCUAACUUAUUUGCCUUCUACACGAUGAUGAAAAGUGCUUAAUGUAUGUUUACUGUUCACUUUUCAGCGAUCAAUAGAAGUGGCUUAAUGGGUAGCAAUUAAUCAUGUCUGUUGGUGAUUUUUGCUUUGAGGGUACCCUGUGUUUAGAGAAAGAAACCUUUUAAGCUGUAGGUACAGUAAUCAAACACCAUGUUUAAAGCACAUUUAACACACAGAAGUUAGGUCCAUUGCAGCAAUCAUAGAAAAUGUACAUAUCCAAUACAUUUAUUUUACUGAUUCCGCAAAUAGCGAAGACUUUGUCUUUCUUUUUAUAUUUGUUUACAGUCCUGGAAAAACUAUGAAUUAAAAUAUGAUAUGCAAGAACUUUGCCAAAAUAGGUAAUUAUUACAACAAAAAAAACCUUAGUAUUAAAUUUGUGGUAUUCAGCAAACGUGACUCCUUUAGGGACAAUUGUGUAGAUGCCGUUAUGUCUCAAAAAAUGAAACGGCGCCAAUAUCUCGUGCAUUUAACAAAAUAUUUUGGUGUGAUUUCAAGACGAUACUGUUCAGUUGAAUGCGGAUCAACUUGGAACAGGUGACCUGAGACUAACAUGAGUGUCUUGGAUUUAGUUUCUCAGUCACACACCCACACCCCACAAACUUUCACAUGCGCACACAAUUUAAAACUCAAAGGUGUUUCUCUCAGUCAAUGUUAUGCAACAGACCUUACUGCAAGAAGUCACUGCUAGUGUUGGCCACAGAUUUUUUUUUAAACUGCAGUAUGUUCAUCUGUAAAUAGUUUUUGUGUAAAAUUGAGAAAGGUAUAUUUACUACACUGUAAAUACAUGUGAUGAUAUAUUGUAUUAUUUUGCUUUUUGUAAAGCAGUUAGUUGCUGUACAUGUAUAACAUAUGAAAUUUGAUUAUUCCAGUGUCAGUAAUGUUAACUUCUCUCUUCCCUUCCGUUGCAUUUUAUGUCAUUAAAAG